UUUGUGGGUUGAUUAAGUUGACUAAGUUUAUAGAAAAUGUAUUUGUAUGUCUUAUGCGCCAUUACUUUAUUGUGUGUUAUUUAAUGGUUGUUUCAGCCGACGAAUUUUGCUCGCCUGUAUGUAAUACAUUGACAAUUACAUGGGUGAUAAAAACGUAAAAGACCGAAUGAAAUUGACGCAAAGUUCACGUUAAUAUAAGGGAAGAGAAAAAAAAUAGAAGACUUAUCGAAUCAAGUAACAAGACGAAACUAAAUUUUAGAAAAUACUGUAUAAAUCAAUGAAAUUCAGUUCGCUGUUAGUUUUUUUCUUUUCUUUUUUGUCAUUUAGUUUUGUAUGUGAAUAAAGAGAAAAACAGAGGAAUUGUUUAUUAUAAUUUUGUGAUUGUGUACAAACUGCUUUAAUUUGGCCAACAUUUUUUUCAUUCAUUUUUGUCAAACUAUCAAACUCUGAUAAUUGGCAGCGAAAAGAACGCAUAAAAAAGUAGAACAAAAUCAUAAAGUUGAAACAUCAUACAAUAACUAUAAAAACAAUAUUGAAUAUUGAGUGCAAUUGUGCAAUGAAUAAAGAUUAGUAUUUUUGAGUGUUGUUGCUGCUGCUGUUUUUUGCUAGAUUAAUAUACAAUUUGGCUUUUUUAUUGUCAACUUAAAAUCUGCACAAACCUAAUUUCUGUAUAUUAUGUUUAUAAAAGCCAAUGUCAGGAAAAACGUAACUCCUGAUUGUGUGUGAGAAAUUUGUGUGGCACAAAAAUAUCAAAAGCAAAGAAUCUUUUUUUAUUCUUCAUAUUUCGAGCCUAAUUAAUAACACAUACGAUCAGCAAUCAGUCACCAGAGUGACUAGCAAUCAUGAAUUUCCUUGGAUUUGGACAGUCGGCCGAUAUUGAUAUCGUGUUUGAUGACAGUGAAUCACGUAAACUGGCCGAAGUUAAAACAGAAGAUGGCAAAAAAGAAAAAUAUCUUCUGUACUAUGAUGGGGAAACUGUAUCGGGAAAAGUCAAUGUAACAUUGAAGAAGCCCGGUAGCAAAUUGGAGCACCAAGGCAUCAAAGUGGAACUAAUUGGUCAAAUUGAGUUAUACUAUGAUCGUGGAAAUCACCACGAGUUCGUUUCAAUGGUCAAAGAGCUUGCAAGACCUGGCGAUUUGAUUCAAAAUACCAGCUAUCCAUUUGAAUUUGCAAAUGUUGAAAAGCCAUACGAAGUAUACGUUGGAUCUAACGUUCGAUUACGAUAUUUCCUACGUGUGACGAUUGUUCGACGCAUUAGCGACGUUGUUCGCGAAAUCGAUAUCGCCGUUCACACGUUAUGUAGUUAUCCGGAAAUGAAUUGUCCCAUCAAAAUGGAAGUUGGUAUCGAAGACUGUUUACAUAUAGAAUUUGAGUACAAUAAAUCAAAGUAUCAUUUAAAAGAUGUUAUUGUUGGGAAAAUAUAUUUUUUACUUGUUCGCAUUAAAAUAAAACAUAUGGAAAUUGCAAUAAUAAAACGUGAAACAACUGGAUCGGGUCCUGUGAAUGUAUUCACAGAAAAUGAAACGAUAGCAAAAUACGAAAUUAUGGAUGGUGCCCCAGUGAAAGGUGAAAGUAUACCAAUUCGUGUGUUUUUGGCGGGUUACGAUUUGACGCCUACUAUGCGUGACAUUAACAAGAAAUUUUCCGUUCGAUAUUUUUUGAAUCUGGUUCUAAUGGAUACCGAGGACCGACGAUAUUUUAAGCAGCAAGAGAUAACAUUGUGGCGUAAAUCGGAUAAAAAUCGAAAAUCAGCCAUAACACAAUCGACUAAUCCGCAUGUACCUUCGCAUUUAGUUGGUUCUGAUGGCGAAAUAAUGGUUAAACCGCAAGCACCAAUAUCCAGCAUGUCAUCAAACACUCAUGUUAAUAGCGAUGGCGAAAACAGCAGUAUCCGUGAUGACAAUAUGAGUGGUGAGGCUGGUGAAAAAACAGUUGGUUUAUUCCAAGAAGAGAGCCCAGAUCAUGUUGAUACUUCAUUUCAUACAGAAGCUCAAUCAAAUUUGCCGUUGUCCUCAGAGGAUGUCGCUGUAUCUCCAAAUCUGUGUGAGAGUGCUGCAAAUACCACUACUUCUUUGCAAGUCGAAGAGAAUGUGCCACAGCAGCGGGAAUCGGGUGAUGGCGCUUCAGCCAAUCCAACAGAAAGUGAAACCAGUAGUGCAAACCAGAUAAGAACAAAAUCACGUACUGGAUCAUUAUUUGACGAUGACGAAGAUGACGAAAUGGAAAAUGCUAACCAACCAGCAAUGGCAAAUUAGAGCUCCAAUUUCUAUUGUUUUUUUGUAUUAGAAAAUGGAAAAACAUAGACAUUUUAAGAUUCAAUAAAUUCAUCUCUUUAUUCAAACCUGAUACAUUCGCAUUGCGAAAUAAAAAAGAAAUAAUUAACAAUCCAUAAAUUUGAAAUGAAGAAGUAUCCAUUUUUUGGACAAAUUCAUACAAAUUAACAUAGUUCUGUAUUGGAAAUUGAUUUAUUCAAAUAGAAAAAAGAAAUUUAUCGAUGCACAUAUGAAUUUGGACAGAAAUAAAAUAAGAUGAGCAGAGAGUUACUUACUCACAAA